GGAAACAUUUCUUGACUCUCACAAAUCCACCACAAAUCUUUUAAAUCUUUUGCAAAUUCUUCUCUUAAAAAUUAAAAAAUCCUAACAAACACAAAAAAGACCCAAAAAUUUAUCUUACUUUAAACAGCUCAUAUGUAGCUUUAACUGAGAAAAUCACAAAAAGGGGUUAUAAUUUUCUUGAUUUCUUGAUACAUUUUCUUGAAUUUCUGUUUUUUUGAGGUACUUUUUAGUUUCACUCAACUCAUUUUUUUCAUCUUCCUCUGUUAUUGUCUCUGUUUUUUUUUUGAAAAAAAAAUACAAUAAAGGGGGUCUUGGUUUCUUGAAAAAUUUCGAGAACGGGUUAUUUUUCUUGAUUUCUAGGAAGAUUUUCUUGAAAUUUUUCAAAAAGGGGUUAUUUUUCUUGAUUUCUUGAAAAAUUUUCUUGAAAUUUUUUAAGGGUAGUUUAGUUUCAGUGUACUGAUUUUCACUCUUGAUGGCUUGGUAUAAUAGGAAGAUGGUAGUUGUAAUUAAAGAUGAAAUGGCUAUUUGUUUGAAUUGUUCACCAGAAAGUUGUCCUAAAGAAUGUAGGAUUAGUGAAUUUUUUCCUCCUCCUUCUAGUCCUAUUAGAAGUGAAAAUCAUCCUAUGCCUUAUUUUUUUGUUAUUUUGCUUUGUGUUCUUGGAGCAAUGUUUGUUUUCAUUUGUUAUAUGAUUACUCUUAAGAAGUACAACAUGAAUAUGAGGAGAGGUGAUGCUAAUUUGAGUGGAAAUGAUGAUGGUUUUGUUGAUGAGUCAGAUAUGGAUCAUCCAAUUUGGUAUGUACAUACAAUUGGACUACCAAGAUCUGUGAUUGAGUCGAUACCCGAGUUUAAGUAUAUAAAGAUUGAUUAUUUGAUUGAUGGGAUUGAUUGUUCUGUUUGUUUGAGUGAAUUUGAAGAAGAUGAGAGUCUUAGGUUGUUGCCUAAAUGUAGUCAUGCUUUUCAUGUGACUUGUAUUGAUACUUGGUUAAGUUCACAUAUGAAUUGCCCGGUUUGUCGUGCUCCUAUUGUGUCUGAUUUAAAUGCUGCAUUAGGGAUAAACAAUGUGGAAGUUUUUUCAACUGAUGUGGAUGGUUCUAGUGGAGAUGAGGUGAAUCAUGUGGAAAGUCAAGAGUUGGAUGAGGGGGGAAAUGGUGAAAUGAGUGUACGAGAUGAAAAUAUUGUUGCGUUGUCGAAUGAAGAAGGGGAAAUUGUGGGAUUUUUGGAGAAAGUUCAUCAUGUUGUCGAUGAAAAGCCAAAGGGAAAAGGGUUGCGAAUAUGUAGUGAUUUAGCUGAGCAUCGAGGUAAAGCAAACAACGUAAUGCAUACAGAAAUGAGGUCAGUUUCAAUGGAUCCAUCAGCUGUUAUAGUGGUUCGUCGUGCUAUGAGUCAAAUGACUUUGGAUUAUAGCGGUGAAGGGUGUUCUAAUUCGAAGGAUCAACUUGCUGAAGGGAAGGCUGAAAAUUCUGAUGCAGCUGCAAAGAGAGGAAACAGAAACUCGAGGUUAUAUGAAGCGAUGAAGUGUUCUUCCUUUGGUCGUUCGUUGCAAAAAGUGCCAAUUUGUUUGAAGAGGUCCUUCUCUAGUAGUGGUAUUCACAAGUGACAAAGAGAUCAACAACACACAAGUGACAAUCAAUCAAUAUACAUGUAACCAGGAUCACCAUACAGCGUCUCGUUUGCACUCAGAGUCAGUUGGUGAGCCUCCUUACUUUUCGGAGGACUCCUUUUACAUUGUUUUAGCAUUUCAGCUGUUAGGAUGAUCGCAGGUCUUGUCCCGACAUCCCUCAUUAUUUUAGAGGCUUCAUAGACGAGUAGUUAUAGGUAUUUAGUCUUUUUGUUUUCAGUGGUAUGUACGUUAUAAGACUUGAGUUGUCAUUUUGACUAGUUUAAUAUUUCUUUAAGACAUGAGUUGUCCUUUGA